AUGUUAACUCAAAUUAUAAUCAUAUUCAUCAUUUUAUAUUUUGCAAGGAAUAUAUAUCAAGAAUUUUUCAGUAAUGGAACCAAUCCAUUAUCAUCAACCGAAGAAAAAGAUUCUACUAUCGUUGAAGGUAAAUUCACUCCCAAAACAUUAGCAAAAUAUAAUGGAAAAGAUUCUCCAAAGAUAUUCAUUGCUGUUAAAAAUAGAGUUUUUGAUGUUACUCAAGGUGCUCAAUUUUAUGGCCCUGGUGGACCGUAUGAAAAUUUUAGUGGUAGAGAUGCUAGUAGAGGUUUAAGUAAAAACUCAUUUGAUACAGAAGUAUUAACACCAAUUGAUCAACCAAUUGAUAAAUUAUUAGAUUUAACUGAUGUAGAAAAAGAGACAUUGGAUGGUUGGGAAGAACAUUUUGAAAAUAGAUAUAAAAUAGUUGGAACAUUAGAAGAAAAUAAGGACUAG